AUGACAGGGAAUGUCCUACAACUACUGCAUGGGACGACGUACCGGGAAGAAGUAAUCUCGCAAGCGAAGCAGAUUCUCAGCCACGUUGUUCUCAAGUCCUAUCAUGGCAGAUUCGUCCCGGGGACUGUUCAACUUCUCAUUCUUUCUGAAUCAGGUCAUAUAUGUGGACGGUCGAAUCGUGGUCCCUGCUACGGCUUUCCCAUGGCGACUACUGAAAAUUCUACAGUCCGCUGGGCUCUGAUGAUUGGGAUCAACUAUUACCCCAAAGAUCGGCAUCUUUGUGGCAGUGUUGACGACGUUAGCGACAUCAGGGCCUAUCUGGAACAGCAUAGCGCUACGGCUAUUCAAACUUCCGUGCUCACAGCCACCGUACCGAAGGAUCAUCAGUUCAAUAAAGAUCCACCUGAGUCAGUCGAAAGCAGGCCAACCAGAGCCAAUGUACUCAAACAUCUUCGCAAAAUCAUCGAUUCUGCAAAGCCUGGAGAUCAUGUGUACAUCCACUUCUCCGGGCACGGUACUCAACUACCAUCAGACGGAAACAUUGGCGAAACUGGCUUCGGCGAGUUAGGCCUUGUUCUUUAUGAAAAUGACGAGCAUGGAGCUAGCUACUUUCGCGGGCGCUAUUUAGCCCAGGCUCUAAGAAGAAUGGUAGACAAAGGCCUUGUUGUCACAGUGGCUUUGGAUUGCUGUUUUUCAGGUGCCGUAAGUCGAGGCGACCGAGUCCGGGCUAUGGAAUACGAUCCAUCGUUCGAUGCCGACAGAGCUGAACAGGAGCAAGAAUUCAAAGCAGCACUGGGUAUCCCCGGGAGAGAUGCAAGAAUCGAUAGAGACUGGCUUGUCAAUACUCAGGGCUACACUAUUCUAACGGCUUGUGGUCCCCACGAAAAGGCUAUGGAAGUUCUUGUCAACAAAACCCAGAAGCGAGGUGCACUCACCCAUCACCUUCUCAAAGGCCUUACUACCUUGGCAAAGGUGGAAGAGGCUGUGUCGCACCGAUCGCUUCACGAAAUGGUCGUUUCUAUGAUGCAGGCGUCGGGUUGCAGUCAGACUCCAAUGCGCUACGGCAAUACUCGCCUUUCGUUCUUUGGUUUGCUUCUAAACCCAGUCUCCCUGACUACCUUACCAGUGAACAAGAUAGAAGGUUCGAAGAUCUUCAUAAAAGCUGGACAGGUCCAUGGAAUCUCAAUUGGCGAUGAGUUUGCUAUUUAUAAAACUCUUUCACCUGCCUCAAGUCGAAGACAUCAUGCGAAACGCCAAUUCAGAGUCUCGAAUGUUUGGGCUUUUGAGUCUGAGCUGAUAAUGUUUCAAGACAUUCGAACACCGUCUCCAGCCUUCCCAUUCAGCAUGAAAGAUCUGGAAAUAUUGAAGGCCACCCAGCUAUCUACAGUUUCUUCGGAACGCAUUAAAGUCUGGCUUCCAGAGGAGUUAAUGCAUGAAAAGAAGUGGGUAGACAGGUCAAAACUGUUACAGUACUUUGAAACAAUCACAGAAGAGGGUGAGAAGGACCUUUGUAUAUUUCAGCUGACCAUCGACAAAUCCAACGCAUACGAAAUCGUCGGUGAAGCACAAGAGAACAUGCUUCAGCUACCUACCAUCGAGGCUGGCUUGGGCGAUUCAUUUUCCAUGAUGAUGGAGACUCUUCAACACGUUGCAACAUUUAAGUACUUCGAGGGCUUAGGUAAUCUAUUUCCAUCCCCAGAGUUCAGGGAGAAAUACACUAUUAAGUCAAUUGUGGAAUGCGCCCCGGAUGGUAUCUUCAGAAACCAUGCGGAUCACCCUCUCUACAUGGCCGUCUUUGACUUUGUCCCUUCUUGGGGGGUGAACAAUCUGGUCUCCGGUUCUGGAGGUGACGACUAUGUUCUCGUACCACUAUCUCUUGGCCAUAAGAGUGGCCAUAAGGAGAUAAAACUGAAAAUGACGAUUCCAAGUCAUCUCAAUUUGCGGACCCAGGCUCGAGAUGUCAUCAAGGUCUUUAUCACUGACAAACCAAUUUCGUUUCCGGGUAUGGUUUUGCCGGAAUUGGGGAUGAAACCAAGCUUGAGGAAUUCGUCUGCAAGCGCCGAGAUACUCUCUGACUUUAUCAAGCACUUGAAUACUGGGGGAAGGAUAAGGAGUGCUGGAAAUAAGGGGGCAUGGAUGUCGCACAAUUUUGUAAUCCGAACCUCCGUCAACUAA